UCAAACUGUCAUCACUUCCCUGACUUGGUUUUCUUUUCUAGGGGCCCCCUCUUGUCUCCUCUCUCUCUCUCAUUCCCUCUUCUUCCAUUAAUUCUUCAUCACCCACUUUUGUAGUUGUAAUAAUAUAAAUAUUCUUAUACUGAGAUCAUGGCUCUCACCUCCUCCACCACAACUAUAUCCUCCUCCCUUUCUCUCUUUGCUUUUCUUUGAGUUCAGUUUCUUUGGGAGCCAUCAACUGAUCUUUUACCUGCACCUGCAUGUUGCUUUUCUUCAUUUCAUAGACGACCCUAAAUUAGGUAGCGGUAGCACUACACUUGGGAACGCUGGUUAAGUACUAUGUCGGCCGCUGUUGCCCCCGCAUGCGUCUCGGACAAGUCCAGCAGCAGUUCGGUGUCAGUGCUUUCGCCACCAUCGCCACAACCAACGCUCCCUUUAAGCCGUUACGAGUCUCAGAAGCGGCGUGACUGGAACACGUUUGGGCAGUACCUGAGGAACCAUCGUCCCCCCUUGGCUCUCUCCCGCUGCAGCGGAGCCCACGUCCUGGAAUUCCUCAAGUACCUCGAUCAGUUCGGGAAAACCAAAGUCCACACUCAGAAUUGUCCCUUCUUUGGUCACCCUCACCCUCCAGCGCCCUGCCCUUGCCCUCUCAGGCAAGCCUGGGGCAGCUUGGAUGCUCUCAUCGGCCGCCUCCGUGCAGCCUUCGAAGAAAACGGAGGCCAACCAGAGCUGAACCCUUUUGGUGCUCGUGCUGUGAGGCUGUACCUGAGGGAAGUGCGGGACGUUCAGGCUAAGGCUAGAGGCAUAGCUUAUGAGAAAAAGAAGAGAAAGAAACCGCAGCAGCAGAUACAGUCAACAGCUACUGAUACGUAUGAGAUUGGCAACCAUUUUCAGCAAGGAGUCUCAGGGCAAUCCUCUGAGGCAAAGCGGGCUAUGGCUGUAGGAAACAGUUUGGGUGGUGGAGGCUCCAUGAUUGCACUGUCUGUGUUAAACUAGAUCUUUGGAUGAUGAUCACUGCUUCAGGUGUAAAAAUGAAGGACUCAUAUCUAGUCUAGGGUUAAUCAAUGAUGAAGAUGUUGCUACUUAAUUUACUAGUGUAAUGCAUGUAUUUUGAGACUUUUUUCUGAAUCAAGUGUAGUGGGUUUUAUGUUUUUGGAUCAAAUCUUGUUCAUACAUAAACUUAGAUGCUUUGCCUGUUAGUUUCCGUUGAAAUUUCUACAUGAGAGCUGAUAAUUUCUUGUGA